UUUCUGGUUAAUGUGUAUUCUAUGUCAGGUAGCAAUCGAACAUUAAGUAAAUAUUAGUGUUUUGCAAUGAAUCAAUAGAAAACACUUUUUACAAUGGACACGAAACCGCAAAAAAUGCCAAAAGUGGCUAAGGUGAAGAACAAGGCACCGGCCGAGAUCCAGAUCACGGCCGAGCAGCUGCUGCGGGAGGCCAAGGAACGAGACCUCGAGAUCCUGCCUCCGCCCCCGAAGCAGAAGAUCUCAGACCCGGACGAACUCGCAGACUACCAGCACCGCAAGAGACGGUCCUUCGAGGACAGCCUGCGCAAGAACAGGGGCAUCAUCAGCAACUGGCUCAAGUACGCCCAAUGGGAGGAGAGCCAGAAGGAGAUACAGAGGGCGCGCUCGAUAUACGAGCGCGCGCUGGACGUAGACCACCGCAACAUCUCGCUGUGGCUCAAGUACACCGAGAUGGAGAUGAGGAACCGGCAGGUGAACCACGCCCGCAACCUGUGGGACCGCGCCGUCACCAUCCUGCCCAGGGCCAACCAGUUCUGGUACAAGUACACCUACAUGGAGGAGAUGGUCGGCAACAUUGCAGGGGCCCGCCAGGUGUUCGAGCGGUGGAUGGAGUGGGAGCCGCACGAACAAGCUUGGCUCACGUACAUCAAGUUCGAACUGCGCUACAAGGAGAUCGACCGGUCCAGAUCCAUCUACGAGAGGUUCGUGUACGUGCACCCUGAUGUCAGGAACUGGACCAAGUUUGCCAAGUUUGAGGAGCAGCACGGAUUCAUCGGCGGCGCCAGGAAGGUGUUCGAAAGAGCUGUCGAGUUCUUCGGGGAGGAAACAAUGGACGAAAAACUCUUCAUUGCGUUUGCGAAAUUCGAGGAAGGUCAGCGAGAGCACGACAGAGCCCGCGUGAUCUACAAGUACGCUCUCGACCACAUCCCGAAGGACAAGGCGCAAGAGCUGUACAAGGCGUACACCAUCCACGAGAAGAAGUACGGGGACCGGACCGGCAUCGAAGACGUCAUCGUCAGCAAAAGGAAGUUCCAGUACGAGGAGGAAGUGAAGGCGAACCCCACCAACUACGACGCCUGGUUCGACUAUCUGCGGCUCGUGGAGAGCGAAGGCAAUUUGGACGUCAUUAGAGAAACCUACGAAAGAGCAAUAGCGAAUGUCCCACCAACUAAGGAGAAGCAGUUCUGGAGGCGCUACAUCUACCUGUGGGUCAACUACGCCCUGUUCGAGGAGCUGGAGGCGGAGGACGCGGAGCGCACGCGGCAGGUGUACCGUGCCUGCCUUGAGCUGCUGCCCCACAAGCACUUCACCUUCAGCAAGAUCUGGCUGCUGUACGCCCAGUUCGAGAUCCGCAGCAAGAGCCUGUCCGUAGCCAGGAAGAUGCUGGGCAUGGCCCUAGGAAUGUGUCCCCGGGACAAGCUGUACCGAGGCUACAUAGACUUGGAGAUACAGCUGAGAGAGUUCGACAGGUGCAGGAUUCUGUAUCAGAAGUUCUUGGAGUUCGGACCGGAAAACUGUGUCACGUGGAUGAGGUUCGCGGAGCUGGAGACGCUGCUGGGCGACACGGACCGGGCGCGGGCCAUCUACGAGCUGGCGGUGGGCCAGCCGCGCCUGGACAUGCCCGAGCUGCUCUGGAAGGCCUACAUCGACUUCGAGGUGUCGGCGGGCGAGCUGGACAGGGCCCGCGAGCUGUACGAGCGCCUGCUCGAGCGCACCCUGCACGUCAAGGUGUGGAUGAGCUACGCGCAGUUCGAGAUGUCGGCGGCGGAGGAGGGCAGCGUGGAGCUGGCGCGGCGCGUGUACGAGCGCGCCAACCAGGCGCUGCGCAGCGCCAACGAGAAGGAGGAGCGCGUGCUGCUGCUGGAGGCGUGGAUGGAGUUCGAGUCGCGGCACGGCGACGCGCAGUCCCUGGAGGCCGUGGCCAAGAAGAUGCCGCGCCGCGUCAAGAAGAGGCAGCGCGUGCAGGCGGACGACGGGACGGAGGAAGGCUGGGAGGAGUUCUUCGACUACAUCUUCCCGGACGACGAGGCCACCAAGCCGAACCUCAAGCUCCUGGAGAUGGCGAAGGCGUGGAAGAAGCAGCAGCAGGUGGAGGAGCCAGGCAAGGAACAGCCGGACGCUCCGAGCAACGAGAGUUAACAUGUCGGACACUUUUUAUAAUAAAACAUGUAUUUAUUGCC